AUGCCUACCACUUACAACAUCUCUGAAGCAAAAUUGCUGGCUGUAGUUCUUCAGGGUGAGGAUAACUAUUGGUUCGCAGAGCCCCGUACUUCUAAGCCACUAGAAGAGAAUUGGACUCAUGUGGGUUGUUUUUGGCUUUACCCUGUGGAAUCUGGGAUUGCUCAAUUCGCUGAUCUGAAGGAAUUUGACCCCACCGACUCAGUGUUCGAAAUCGACACACAAGGGGUGUCCAAAGUUCUUCGUGCGGCUACUUUAUCCUCUGAUGUCGCAGCGAAGAAAUACCAUCAGGGCAAGAGGACCUUUUAUUUUAUUACACAAAAGGAAAUAAGCCGGAUGGAUAUUCGUUACAGUGCAUUACUAAAAAGAGAGGCGGAGGUACUCCCGUUAUUGCACCAACAAGAUGAAGUUGGGCGAAACGGAGGCCAUAAAACACAAGUUGGAGAUAUACCAUCGGAUACCCACGAAGAGCCAAAGAAUAAUGCCCCAAAGGUGUCCCACAUCAAAGAAGAAGAUGAUGAAGCGACAAAGACAUUCAAGUCCGAACAAAUGUCUCUAAUUGAUAGGCGAUCCCACCAGCGCAAAACACCAUAUCAAGGAACCACCACUUACAUCGCUCCUGACUUUAAUAAGCCCACGGGGGAUCAUUGCAGUAGCGAGGCAUUUGAAUGGGAUCGGUACUACAUCAUCCAUCGUGGAAGUGUCGACUAUUUAGUUCCAGAGCCAAUCGGUAAUACGUAUGGCUUCCGCUUAGAUAAAGUCUCGCAUGACGGCUUUCCUGUGUUUUUGCUUUUUGGAAGCAGUGUGAAGAACAGCUACGAGGUGGAGCCAAGUGCUAACGCUGUUCCCGCGAUGGAUUCGGCGGUCCUGAAGGGUGGUGGUGGCGAAACUGAGCGUGUUGGAAGUCAUGUGCUGGUGUUAACGCGCCCGCGUGGGAAGCGAUCUCGCGCCAAUAACUUCCACGCGAGAGCUGACUCGGUGUCUUUCUCACCAGGUAAAGCGUCGCGGUCAUCCUCACGCUCAAUCUCAGCCAGCGAUAACGGCAGCGAAGGGGCGAAGGCCGCGCUGUCACUCGUGGUUCCAUCGCGUAAGCGCGGGCGGCCGCGGAAGGUGCCGUUUUCGACGCCUUCCGCAGAGAGCGAGGCCACCGCCAGCGCGAAAGUGCCGGCUCUACCGCCACGUGAGCAUCACAAAAGCCAUGAAAGUUCUAGAAAAACUGACGAUAAGCCCCGGGAACCUCUUCAGGCCUGUAGUGUGAACGUGUGGACGGAUUUGACUUCUGAGAUUUCGUCUUUCACUCAGUUAGCAACUCAAUUCCCUUUUUCGCACAAUCCCUCGAAGUCUUUGCGCACUGUUGUCUUUCCGGAUGGAACCUGCGCGACGUAUUCGUCUACCACCGCUGAGGAUUUCCUGAAGAGCACUGACACGAGAAGACAUUCAAAUGGAGCGAAUCAGUCGGCAAGCUCCAGCGGUGGUGGUGCACCUGUAGAUGACGACAUGAGAAGCCUUUUAGAGCAUAUUCAACUUGCCAAGCAACAAGUCAAUGCAUAG